AUGACAGAUUUUGCUCCAUAACUUCAGCAACAGCAACAUUAACUCAAUCAUAAUUAAACCCAAAAUAAUGCUUCUCUUCCAGAAGGUUAACACUCAAUAAGAAAUCAGUAAUCUAAGAUUUUAUGUGGACGUUAUAAUCUUAGAACAGGUUUCCUUGUAUUCGGAGUACUUGAUCUACUUCAAUUUGUGAAUUAUCUAACUUUUUGGAUUUGCUUUCAAUCCAGUGCUGGUGGCGAUUUCUAAUUUCCAAUGUGCUAUUGUGGACUCGUGAGUAUAUUUUUAGUCUUCCUACCUUAAUUAUAUGGAGAAGCCAAUUACAUUAAAUAAGACCAUGUCUUCACUAGAUAGUAACUCAAAUCUUAAUUUUGUUUGAGAAUAUUCACUGCAUUUAUUCUAUCAUUUAUUGUAGUUGCAUUGACUGUUUUAUCAGCACUCUUGAGAAGAGGAGAUUUUGAGUAUUAUUCAGAAGCCGAUGAUUGGAUGAUUAAUUAAGUUGGGAUUUUUAUAGCUGUGUAUACUAUGCCAUAAUGCAUUUACCUAAUUAUUAGCUAUUAUUUCAUUUGUAAACUCAGAAAAGAAUACCUUCAAUACCCAUCAAACUAACCUAAUGCUUCAUAUACUUCCAAUCAUCUUUAGUCGUAAUAAUAAUUGGUUUAUGCUCAAUAAAAACUUCUGAUUGAAUAAAAUAUGAUGAUAAUUGUACAAUAAAGUUAAAUAGUGGAGCAGAAAAAGCUUUUGGAGAGAAAUUAAUAAUAACAGUAAAAUCAAAGACCUAACAUUGGUAAUACAGAAGAUUUCUCAGAUGAGAGUGAUUGA